UUACUCAAUUUCCACCAAUUUACUCAAUUCAAAGUUACUAAAAUAAAAAAACAUUUCAUGAAUAAUAGUAGCAGGAAGAUAUCUAGAAAAAACUUUAUAGAGAAUAUCUUCAACUUGAUUGAACAAUUUUCUUCGCUGACCAGCUUUCUCCAAGCGAUACUUAAUCAUUCCUGCGUACAGAGGAAACUUGGCCGCCAUUUUUUCAUCAAACUUAUCUUCAUCUCCAUCCUUGGUCCGCAACGCCAGUUUGUGAUAAGAUUUGUGCAGUAUCUCAAACAAGGAAAAUCCAGCCAUUAUUCCAUAAUUAGCAAAAACCUGCGAGUUGCUGAAUUAUCGUUUUCAAUAGCUGCUCUCAUCAGAGGAGUCACUCCAUUGAUGUCUCCAGCAUUAAUAUCAGCGCCAUGUUUGAUCAGCAAUUUCAACAUUUCUGCGUUAUUUGCCAAAGCAGCAAUACCCAUUGGCGAGUCGCUAAUCUCUUCGUCAUUACCAAUUCUUACG